AUGACAACAAGAUCGAAGUCAAGAAUCCAAAAGCCCAACCAGAGAUAUACUCUUCUGGCACCCAAAUACUCAACGGAGAUUCCCAAAAAUAUCAGAGAGGCGAUGAAACAUCUAGGCUGGAACAAUGCAAUGUCUAAAGAGAUAGUCACAAUUCACAUGCUUGAUACAUGGACGCUGGUACCGGUAACAGAUAUGAACAUUCUAAAGAGUCAGUGGGUCUUCACAGUGAAGUACAACCCUGACGGAACAGUCAAACGCUUGAAAGCUCGUCUGGUCACCAAAGGUUUUGAUCAGGAAGAAGAGCUAGACUACUUGGAAACAUUCAGUCCGGUUGUGAGAACAUCUACAAUACAGAUAGUUCUCAAUAUUGCUAUCUCAAAAGAAUGGUCUAUCAAGAAACAUGAUGUGACCAAUGCCUUUCUUCAUGGGGAACUCGAUGAACCAGUAUAA